UAGUGGUUAUCACCAUAAGAUGUAGCUAAUGGACCCAACAAGUACACUAGUAUUUCGUCUCUCUCCCCAAUCUCCAGUCCAAAACCUGUGGUUCCUGUUUCUCCUACUCACUCAACUUUGUCUCUCUACUCCACACCUCACUGAACUGGUAAGCACUUCUUCUUGCUCUUUAGGCUUUUCCUGUCAAACCCAAUCUAGAUAAUAGAUGUCCAAAUUUAUUGCAUAAUCACACACUAGUGGAAGUUCAUCACCCAAAACUACAACUAGGGUUUUAUGGUUUCAAUCCUUAUAUAUUAGCAAAUAUUUGUACUGGGUUUUAGUUAUAAUCUUUAAAUUAGUGAAUUAAACUCAGAAAUUACUAGUUUCUGUUUUUGGGUAUUUGUUAUCUGAUCAUUUCAUGGCUUCUUCAAUGCUGUAUGGAGCUGAAAAUCUCACACUCAUUAGAGGGAUAACCCCAAAUGGGUUAGGUUUUAUUAGGUCAGAUUUGCACGGGAAGCAAUUUCUCAAGACGAGUUUGAUGUCUGGUGGUAGAAAUUCUAGGGCUAGAAUUAACACCCCAGUACCAAAGUGCAGUGCUUCUGCAUCUAGGCCUGCUUCGCAGCCUAGGUUCAUACAACACAAGAAAGAGGCAUUUUGGUUCUAUAGGUUCCUGUCAAUUGUGUAUGACCAUGUCAUAAAUCCUGGGCAUUGGACUGAGGAUAUGAGAGAUGAUGCUCUCGAGCCUGCCGACCUCUAUGAUCGGAAUAUGAUCGUGGUAGAUGUCGGUGGUGGGACAGGAUUCACUACUUUGGGUAUAGUUAAGCAUGUUGAUGCCAAGAAUGUCACCAUUCUCGAUCAAUCACCUCAUCAGCUUGCCAAGGCAAAGGAGAAGGAGCCCUUGAAGGAAUGCAAGAUAAUUGAGGGCGAUGCAGAGGAUCUCCCAUUCCGAACUGAUUAUGCUGAUAGAUACAUAUCCGCUGGAAGUAUUGAAUACUGGCCAGACCCUCAACGCGGCAUCAAGGAAGCAUACAGAGUCUUGAAACUAGGAGGAAAGGCGUGUUUGAUUGGUCCCGUGUACCCAACGUUUUGGUUGUCUCGGUUUUUUGCAGAUUUGUGGAUGCUCUUCCCUAAAGAGGAAGAGUACAUCGAGUGGUUUAAAAAGGCAGGAUUUAAGGAUGUUCAACUGAAGAGGAUUGGCCCAAAAUGGUAUCGUGGGGUUCGUCGUCAUGGGCUGAUAAUGGGAUGUUCUGUGACGGGUGUAAAACCUGCUUCUGGGGAUUCUCCUUUGCAGCUGGGUCCAAAGGCAGAGGAUGUAACAGAGCCCGUGAAUCCAUUUGUGUUCGUUCUGCGCUUCAUUUUGGGUGCGAUGGCGGGAGCAUACUUCGUGCUGGUUCCUAUCUACAUGUGGCUCAAAGAUCAAAUUGUUCCCAAAGGUAGACCGAUAUGAUAAAGAGAGGAGAGGGGAGGAGGGCGGAGCGGGAUUGUUUCUUGUUGGCUGUUUCUGCCACUUACUGAUGUUCUCUUUCGGUUUGCAUGCACUUCUUAUGUUAAUUAGCUUUGCCUGUUUCAAUUCUCAAAUAAUCCCAGAUUACUUUCUCAAAAUCCGAUUUAUGGGCGGGUUAUGAUUU